GAUCUAGCUGGCUAUUCGCUUUCACAACACACCUCGCGGCCCCGCCUCCUCAGCCUCCCCCGGCAAGCUUCUCCUUGCAGGCUCCGUAUGCUCCGCCUCCUAUGCGCUGGACGCAUCCUCCAGCCCGGACUUCCCAGGAUGCAGCGCGCUGGCGGGAGGUUUGGAGCAGCUAGACUCUCUAGCCGCGUGCGGGGUUCGGGACGUGGCGGCUGUGCUGAGGUUUAAAAGCAUCAGCUGGAACUGAUUUGCAUUUGAAAAUUGGAUGAACACAAAGACUUGAUAUUGUGGAAUGACUAGCAAACAAGCAAUGUCAUCUAAUGAACAAGAAAGGCCUUUGUGUUAUAAUGGGGAAGUCCUUGUUUUCCAGUUGUCUAAAACAAAUUUUUCAGAUAAAGAGCCUGCAAAAACGCCCAUAUUACAUGUCAGAAGAAUGGUAUUUGACAGAGAAACAAGAUCAUUUGUUCAGAAGUCCACUGGAUUCUUCAGCAUAAAGGGAGAAAACUCUCAUUUGAAAAUUGUGUGUUGCAACUGUGUGUCAGAUUUCAGAACUGGAAUUAACCUCCCUUACAUAUUGAUACAAGGCAGUAAAAAAAAUAAUGUUUUCAAAUAUUUACUACUAUUUCUUCACAGCACCAAUAAAUUUGAAAAGCGUUUGAGUUUUACAGUAGGCCACAAGUUGAAGGAUGGCUUAAGGGUCCUUAAUGGCCCUUCAGUUUUAUGGAGACAUGCUGACACAUUCUUCUGUUUGUCUUCCAAAACUAGCAAAGUUAUUACUCUGUCAGUUAACUUUUCCUCUAUUGAGUGGGUAGGGGAGAUUAAAAAUUUAGGUAUGGUUUUAUUGGGACUAAAGAAAUGUUAUUUAUCUAAGGAAGGAUGCAACCAGGAACCUUCAAAAUCAGAUUAUGCAAUUUGGGAUACCAAAUUUUGUAUAUACUAUCUUGAAAGUCAAGAAUUAUUAAGUGAUGCGUACAUUAUCCCUCCUAUUUAUAGCAGUGUGAUAACUUAUGUGCAUGUCUGUGCAGCUGAGAUUGUCAAUGACCAGUUAAGAAUGUCUCUGAUUGCCCUUACUCGAAAGAAUCAGCUGAUUUCAUUCCAAAAUGGGACUCCUAAAAAUGUGUGCCAGCUUCCAUUUGGAGAUCCUUAUGCAGUUCAACUUAUGGAUUCAGGUGGAGGAAACCUCUUUUUCAUUGUAUCCUUUAGGUCCAGUGAUGCUUGUGCUGUUUGGAAAAAGAAUUUUCAGGUUGUUGCUAAAUGGGAAAAACUUAGCUUUGUACUGAUAGAUGACUUUAUUGGAACUGGAAGUGAACAAGUACUGCUACUUUUUAAGGAUUCCUUGAACUCAGAUUGCCUGACUUCAUUUAAAAUAACAAAUCUUGAAAACAUAAACUAUUCAAGUGAACCACUGGAUUGCAACAAAGAUGAUUUAUUUGAAGACAAACAAGGGAAUCGUUACUUGGUGAUUUCACCUCUGGAAAGAAGAUUAAAAGUUGGUUUGGCUUCUGUUCGGGAAUUACAACAACAUCUCUUGCUUAAGGAAAAAAUUGUUUCAAAAUCUUGCAAAGCUUUAAUAAACCUGGUUCAAGGGAAAGAUGAUAAUACAUCAAGUGCAAAACAGGAAUGUCUCGUUCCACUUUGGGGUGAAGAAGAAAAUUCUGUCCAUAUCUUUGAUGCAAAGUUACCAGACUAUUUUCAAGAUUCAGAACAGCUGGUGAAAAAGAUAUGGUAUCGUGUUAUGGAUGAUAGCUUGGUUGUUGGAGUGAAAACCAGAUCUUCUUUGAAGCUGUCCCUGAAUGAUGUGACUUUAUCAUUGAUAAUGGAUCAAGCCUGUGGCUCCAGCUUUCCACUUAUUAAGUGUCAAAAUAGGGUGAUUACGUUGAAUAUGGAUUCUUUCACAGAACCACACUUGAUGCCACGUGAAAUAGGAUCCGAGGCAAAAAGGAUCAAGUUGACCCUUGAUAGAGAGGAAAAGAAAAGCUUUGUUUGUGAACAACCAUCUAAGAAAGAAUGUGUACAGAUAAUUACUGCUGUAACAUCUCUUUCACCACUUUUAGCAUUCAAUAAAUUUUGUUGCAUUGUGCUGCUACAAAUUAGGGAGAGAGAAAAUGGUAACUAUCCUGAAGAUCAUUAUAUUCUGUGUGGCAGAGUUUUUUUAAGUCUAGAAGAUCUUUCAAGAGGGAAAUACAUACUGACAUUUCCAAUGAAGAAACCUAUAGAACACAUGGAAGAUCUUUUUGUACCUCUUGCGGCAUUCCACAAAUCUUGUUUUCAAAUCACGUCACGUAGAUAUGCCCUGGGUUCAGUGAAGGCAUCCCUCUUAGAACACAUGAAAUGUGAAGUCAUCAAAGAAUUUCCAGAAAUGUGCUUUUGUAAAAGGCCAGGAAGUUUCUAUGGGACACUCUUUAAGUGGAAACAAAGAACACCAUUUGAAGGGAUUUUAAUAAUUUAUUCCAGGAAUCAAACAGUUUUGUUCCAGUGCCUUCAUAAUCUCAUCACAGUUCUCCCUGUGAACUGUUUCUUGAGAAAUCUAAAAUUAGGAAGUGAAGAUUUCCUAAUUAAUCAUAUGGCAUUGUCUUUGGAGAAGGAAUUGGUUACACUUGGUUCUCUUUCUUCUGCCUUAGCUAAAGUUGAAAGUAACUUUGUGCAGAGGUGUGAAGCAAGCAAAGGAAAGAGUAGUGUCAUGGCUGCUUUAUCAGACAGAGAGGAAGAAAUUCAUUGGUACAGAAAAGAACUUCAGAGAGAAAAGGAGAAAACGUUGGAAACAAACCUAAAAGUGAGUGGUGCCCUUUACAGGGAAAUAACUUUGAAAGCAGCUGAGGUACAGUUAAAAUCAGACCUCACUGCACAGAAACUGACCAAUUUAUAAUUACAGUUUCAGUUUGUUAUUUUAAAAUGUUUUCACUGCCAUAAAGUUUUGGUUCCACUUGCUAUAUGCCACUUUUGUAAAAAUAUUGAGGCUUAUUAUAAUAGAAUCUUUAGUUUUGAUGCACAAAAUAGUAUGCCUUGUAGAGCAGCAGUUCUCAGCUAGGGCCAUUUUACCUCCCUACGCUCCUUCUCCCACACCCUGCAAGGAUCAUUUGGCUAUGUCUGGAGACAUAGUUUCCAGGUUUUGGUUGUCAGAAGUUGUGGGGCCAGGGAGGGGUGAGGCAGGGGUGCUAUAGCAUCUAGCUGGUAGAGGAGACCAGAGAUGCUGCUAAACAUUCUACUAUGCACAGGAAAGCCCUCCACAACAAAGAAUUAUCUAGCCUAAAAUGUCAAUAAUGCAGACGUGGAGAAAACCUGUCUUAAAGUUAUCACAUAUGUGAAGACAGAAAUGACAUAAUAGUAUUUGAGUCUAAAUCUUUUUAAAAACUUAAUCCUUUUCUUAUAUGCUGCUUAGUAAAACCUAGCAUGUAAAAAUCAACUUCAAAUAAAUAAAUAAAUUAAGCAAGUUGUCAGGAUUCACAAGUUUCUGUAAAUAUCGAGCUCCUCUAUAAAUUUAAAUGGCAGAGUAUCAGGGUGAGACCAUGAAAAUGAAAGUUUUUGAAACCCUUGUUAAUUUGAAUUUUAUUAGAAAGCUGUUCUGAAAGUAAGUCUAUAGGAAUAUGAAAAUCGUAGGGCAUUUUUCUGAAAAACAUAUCUCUUUCAAAAGGCUAAGUAUACCUCACAGGCCACUAUUUAAAAAAUUGAAAAUGCUUUUAAGCCAUCCAAAAUUCCAACUCUAGGCAAUGUUAAAAUACAAAAUUCUAACUAAAAGAACCUAAAGAAUAUGGGACCCCUUAGGGACUUAGAAAUUUAAAAGUAAGUACAAAUUCACUUUAGCUAAGGAAGUGAUUUAUCAGGGGUCCAGUGAAAUACAUUUCAAAGGGAUAAAAUUUCAAUCUAGUCCCCUUUUUUUGAAAAAUAAGAAUUCUAGACUAAUAAGAAAGUGUCAGGAGAGAGAAAAAGACACAAAAGGAUAUAGGCCAAAAGAAAUGUUCCUGAUCCUGUUUCCCCUAAAUCCUGUUUCCCCAAAAUCCUUAAGUGAGAUGGAAGUUUCCAUCAGUUGAAAGAAAUAAAGAUGAUUAUAGAAAGUGGCAUCUCAUGCUUGUAGCUAUGAAGUGCUAAUUCCCCCCAUGCCUUAGAAGUGCUUAUACAUAAUGAUCUGGUGAUGCAAAUAGUUUUUAAAGAAUAUAGAUUAUUAGUUUCUUGUCUUGGUUUUUAUGAUAGUCUGUAUAAUAUGCUACCUCCUUCUGGUAAUCCAUUGCAAAUUGAGAUAGAACUCUAUAGCUCUGUCUUUAUGAAGUGUCAAUGGAAUAUAUUUCAGACUUUCUACAAAUGGAAAUAAAAUAAAUUCAGGAUUAAUUGUGGAAAUCUGGAAACAGUAUGUGUUAUGUGCUGUCUUUAGAAACUGCCCAUGAUGUGUUUGGAAAGAACAACCAAGUAUAAAAUAUAGGAAUUAAAUUGUAAAAUGGAAGCUAUCAGAAAACCAACCAGGAUUUAAUCAUAAUAGUUUAUCUGUAGGGAAGUUAGGAUACUAAAAAGUAGAUCUCUACUUAUUUUUUUUUUUUUU